AUGCAGUACGGUUAUUAUUAUCUAACUAUACACGAUACCCAAUUAUUCAGACCGGUCAGUGGUGGUGAUUGCAGCGCGAUUGAUCCAACAGAUAAAAAUUUGGCCGAAAAUAUGAUCAAAAAUCAUCUUGUCGUACCAGUUGAAGAUACUUCAAGCAGAAAGCUAUUAUCGAUCGAUGAUAUCACUAAAGCUGUUGGUACAGGUUGUGUACCCAAGCUUACUGACACUGAUUGCGCUCGCUCUUUAUGCUAUCAUUUGAUGUAUCGAAGUUAUGAUGGAGUUUGCAACAAUCUUGAAAGGCCACUUCUUGGCGCUGCCUUUAGACCAUAUCUCAGGCAUCUACCUCCUGAAUACGAUGAUAGGAUAUCGGAACCCGUUUCUUCAAUACGAGUUACACGUCCAACAGCACGUGAAAUUUCACGUAUUCUCUUGUCAAGUUCUCAAAUUGUACAACACGAUAGAUAUAAUGUAUUGGUGAUGCAAUUUGGACAAUUCAUGUCACAUGACAUUGCUAAAACAACCUUGCAACCAUCAGCUAAAUGUAUUUCCUGUAAACCGAUAUCAUCCCUUUGCAUGCCAAUACCAAUUUCAGAAAAGGAUGGCAAUCAAGCCUUCAAACAACGACGCUGCUUGAAAAUUUCACGAUCGUCACCAAUUUGUGGCACCGGUCAAAACGGGGUGCCACGUGAACAACUGAACGAGAAUACAGCAUUCAUUGAUGCUUCACCGUUGUAUGGAUCAUCUUUCAAAGAUGUGCACAAAUUCCGCCAAGCGAGGACCGGUUUUCUGCGAAUGAAUAAAUUUAAUAAUCAAAUGGUAUUACCUUUUGAUCAAUCCAAAUGUAGCUCACCACAGAAAUGCACAGCAACAUUUACCGCAGGUGAUAUUCGUGUUAAUUUAUUCAUUGGCUUAUCAGCUAUCCAUAUUUUAUUCACAAGAGAACAUAACAG